AUGCCUUCAAGGAAGAGCAGAAAUUAUGACAAAUUAUAUAAAAUCUGUCCACUAAUCAGUCAGAUACUGAUAAACUUCAAAGAAUUCUAUGCACCUGCUAAGGAGCAAGCUAUAGAUGAAUGCAUGGUGAAGUUCAAAGAACGAAUCGCGUUCAAACAAUAUAUGCCCCAAAAGCCAAUCAAGAGGGGAUACAAAAUCUGGGCCAGAGCUGAUAGGCUUGGACAUAUUUGUGAUUUUCAGAUAUAUACUGGAAAAGUUGAAGGCAUAGUGGAAAAAUCCUUAGGAGAGAGAAUUUUGAGAGAUAUGUGUAAAGGCUUGGAAGGAAAGGGAUACCAUGUAUACUUUGACAAUUUUUUUACCAGUGUCUCACUUUUACAGAAGCUUAAAGAUGACGGACUUUUUGCCUGUGGAACAAUUAGAUCACACAGAAAAGGACUUCCUACUCUAAAAACAGACAAAGAGUUGCAAAGAGGAGAGUUUGACUGGUCAGUUCGUUCUGUUGGCAUUGCCUGCAUCAAAUGGAAAGACAAACGUGUAGUCACAUUGCUGUCUACAAUUGAUUCGCCUGUAUGUGUUGAAGAAGUCAGCCAUAAAGAAAAGGAUGGAAAAAUCACAAAGGUACCUUUCCCAAAAAUAGUGAAAUCAUAUAAUGCAAAUAUGGGAUGUGUCGAUAAGGCAGAUAUGACGAACAGUUUUUAUGCAAUAGACGGGAAAUCACGAAGGUGGUGGCUAAUAUUAUUUUGGUAUAUAGUUGACAUUUCUAUUGGAAAUGCAUUUAUUCUGUUUCGAUUAUGUAAUCCAAUAGCAAAGCAAGUGCUAAAGGAUUUUCGAAGACGUGUUGCCACAGGCCUGGUAGGCAGUAAUGUCUUCAAAGAUAGUCCUGGCCAUCCCAGUACACUGUCAGAACCAUCUGCAAAAAAAUUCAAAUCUGUUGUUCCCCAUGAGAAACGUAUAUCGGAAGCAAAACAUCGGCCAAAACAUGGAACCUCAAGGCGCUGUGUGCACUGCAGCACAAGAAAAAACCCCACAGAAGCAGAUGGACAUGUAGUCACUGCCAGGUAG